CACUUAUUGCUACAAACUUUAGGGAGAUGAUAUUUAACUGAAAUGCUUGGAUGAUGGGAAUCAGCAGAGGUUCACCUCAUGCCAGGGGCGGACUGACAGCUCAUGGGGCCCCCCGGGCAAUAGGGGAUCAUGGGGCCCCUGUGUCCUUGCCCAAACUCAAAAAAGCCUAUGAAAAAGGUACCAGGGGCAUCUCAUGGGGCCCCCUACUGACCCCAGGCCCUCGGGCAGUGCCCGAUUUUCCAAAUGGUCAGUCCACCCCU